AUGGUAAGCUCAUCACAGCCGACCCCGUCACCACCCACCACCAAACAAGCUAACACGCUCUCCCAUCAGUCCUCCCCCUUCGACAUCAACGGCGGCGCCUGCGUCGCCAUGGUCGGCAAAGACUGCGUCGCCAUCGCCUGCGACCUGCGCCUCGGCAUGCAAGCCCUGACCGUGUCCAACAACUUCCCCAAGAUCUUCACCUACGGUCCCUCCGUCUAUCUCGGCCUCACCGGUCUAGCCACCGACGUCCAAACCGUCUCCGACACCUUCCGCUACAAAGUCAACAUGUACCGAUUGCGAGAAGAGAGGGAUAUUUCACCGCAAACGCUGGCGAAUCUGGUGAGCUCGAGCUUGUACGAGAAGAGAUUUGGGCCGUGGUUUGUCAGUCCCGUGCUGGCGGGUAUCAACCAUACGACGGGGAAGCCGUUCAUUUGUGGUUUUGAUAGUAUUGGGUGCAUUGAUUUCGCAAAGGAUUUCAUUGUGGGUGGGACGGCGAGUGAUCAGUUGUUUGGUACUUGUGAGGGGUUGUGGGAGCCUGACUUGGAACCAGAUCAACUCUUCGAGACCAUCUCACAAGCACUGCUCAAUGCCGUCGAUCGAGACGCUUUGUCAGGCUGGGGCGCACACGUGUACAUCAUCGAGAAGGACAAGGUCACCAAGCGGUUACUCAAGGGCAGGCAGGAUUAA